AUGAGCUUCAUCCUCACCCUCUCCUGCCCCGACCGGCCCGGGAUCGUCAGCGCCGUCACCAACUUCCUCGUCCAGCACAACCUGAACAUCAUCGACUCCUCGCAAUACGGCGACCCUACCUCCCACAGCUUCUUCAUGCGCAUGCACUUCGGCCCGGACACCACCGGCUCCAGCGAAGCCAGUGCGCCUUCCCUUGAAUCCCUCCGCAAGGCCUUCGACCCCAUCGCCACCGCCCACUCCAUGUCCUUCCAGCUCCUCCCCGCAGAUCACAAGCCCCGCGUGUUGAUCAUGGUGUCCAAGAUCGGCCACUGCCUCAACGACCUCCUCUUCCGGCAAUCAACCGGCCAAUUGGCCAUCGAGAUCCCCUUGAUCGUCUCGAACCACCCGGAAUUCGCACAGCUCGCCGCGACGUACAAGGUGCCGUUCAUGCACCUCCCCGUGACGGCGGACACAAAGCAGCAGCAGGAAACCCGGAUCCUGGAACUCAUCAAGGAGUACGAGAUCGAGCUGGUCGUGCUGGCGCGGUACAUGCAGGUUCUGUCGCCGACGCUGUGCGAGGCCAUGUCGGGCAAAAUCAUCAAUAUCCACCAUAGUUUCCUGCCUUCCUUCAAGGGCGCUAAGCCCUACCACCAGGCCUUUGACCGCGGCGUGAAGCUUGUCGGGGCCACGGCGCACUUCGUCACGAGUGAUCUUGACGAGGGCCCGAUUAUCGAGCAGAAUGUCGUUCGCGUCAACCACGCCCUCAGUCCGAAGGAGCUGACCCAUGCCGGAAGUAAUGUCGAGAGCAAUGUCCUGGCUGCGGCGGUGAAGUAUUUUGCUGAGCGCAGGGUUCUGCUGAACGGACACAAGACAGUUGUCUUCAAUUAG